AAGAUUCAAAUGGCAGCGCCCGCUCGUCUGCGGAGAAUAAGGUCAAUAUGAGUCAUUCAGAAGUGCUAACGAGUUCUUGUGCUGUUGUGUGCAUGUGCUCAGCCUCAGAGACGGACAGAACACACACAUGUAGAGUCCUCUUUUAGCUUAAACUGCAAGACUGAAUGCUCAAAUGCAAGCAAAAAUGUGUCAGAUCAUGGAGCUUAGUGAUUAUUCACAUACUGAAGUUUGUGUUACUGUACUUUGUGCCAUUCCGCUUUGGUAAUGUCUUUUGAAAUCUGUUUUCUUUCUAGGAUGGUCAUUCCAAACCUGUGCUUGCUGAAGUGGCGAUGAUGAUUAGGUUGAUGAAUGCUCCGCGAUGUCCAAACAUCAUCAGAUUACACAACUGGCUUGAGAUUGAGGACAACUUUGUUCUCAUUCUGGAGUACGCAGAGUCAUGCCAGACCUUGCAUCAGUACAUCAAAGAUACAGCGGACAUUGAAGAAAACCAAGCACGCCAGUUAAUGCGUCAGUUGAUCCGAGCUGUAAUGUUCUGCACUGAGCGUGGAGUUUUCCAUGGUGAUAUACACACAGCGAACAUCCUGGUGACUCUACCCCGAUUAAAGCUCAAAUUGAUUGACUUUGGUUGUGCUCAGCCAAUUACCCAAAAGCCUUUCAAUAAAAGUGACUAUCGAGGAGCUGGACAUGGCAUGCCACCUGAGGCUUUGAGGUGUCGUGUAUUCCAUGCUAACCCGGCAUACGUCUGGACAAUAGGCAUCAUGCUGUAUGAAAUAAUGCAUGGACGACUGGCCUUCAAUAACAGACAGUCAAUAAUGUUUGGCUCAGUUCAGAUACACCCCAGGUUAUCCACAGCAUGCGUGGACCUGACUUCCCAGUGUUUGAUCCGUAAUCCAGCUAAACGGCUACAGUUACACCAGGUAGAAGAGCACUGCUGGUUCAAUCCAACGACCCCAAAUCCUGUGAAGCAGUUAUACAAGAGGAGAAAAAACUAAAGAAGCGAGGAGGAGGAGCGCACCAUUUCCAGACAUUUCACAAGACUGUUACAGUUAUUAAUUACUCCCUCAUGUCAUUCCAAACCCCUAAGACCUUACUUUUCUUCAGUGUCAGUUCAUGACGUGUGUUGAAGAGAGCUCUGUCCUGCGCUGUAUGUGUGUCGCACUGCUGACGUCUACCUCAGAUGUGCCCACGCUUUGUUUAAAUGAGAGGAAGUCGCGCAGGCCUCUGGGUUAAACAUCAGCAGUGUGACACACAUACAGUGCAGUACAGAACUUCUGAAGUCGUAUUUCUGUUUUAUUGUUUUUGUGUUUUUCUUUCUGCACGAAAGAAGUUUCACUUCAAAAUGACAGCUGUAGCUCCAAACCCCUGACACCUUUCUUCAUCUUCAGAAAACAAGUGAAAAUAUUUGAGAUGAGCUGCGAGAACUCUCUGAUCCUCCAUAAACCACAAGAAGAAAGAAAUGUUUAAAUCCCAGAAAACUUCAUCAGACCAUGAGAGCUCUGUCCUGCGCUGUAUGUGUGUCGCACUGCUGAUGUUUACCUCGGAUGUGCCCACGCUUUGUUUAAAUGAGAGGAAGUCGCGCAGGCCUCUGGGUUAAACGUCAGCAGUGCGACACACAUACAGCGCACUGUGCUCUUAUGAACGUGCGGUUUGAGGGUCAGAGAGCUCUCAGAUUUCAUCUAAAAAGUUUUUAUUUGUGUUCUCAAUAUGAAGUAAACAUGAAUUUGAACUAAGGACAUGAGGCGAGUAAUUAAUGACAAUAAUGGUAAUUAAUGGUGCCUAGACUGCAGCUCUGCACAAGAUGUUUGGCCAAAGGAGA